CUCGCCCGCCCUCCCAUUGCCCGUGAGGAAAGUGCGUUGUGGAGGCGGGUGCCGUGUUUACGCCGCGCUGUAUUUCAUCAUGCAGGGGGGGGCAGGGCGGCUCUCCGCUGCUCUCCAUGCCGCUGCUGCCGGCCCGUAGCGCCCUGCCCGCCCUGCUGCGUCUCCUCAGCCGCCUCCCUGCUCCUCUCCGUUGUCCUUCAUCAUCAGCUGCUUCAAUCCCGGCUUCCAACCUCAUGGACGGCCCUCAAGCCGAGGCGCUGCUGGCGCCGCUGAGGCAGGCGGUGAGACAUCAGGGAGAACUGGUAAGGAAGCUGAAGGAAGAGAAAGCUCCCCAGGUGGAUAUAGACAGAGCUGUAGCAGAGCUCAAAGCUCGGAAGAGGGUCCUAGAAGCAAAGGAGUUGGCCUUACAGCCCAAAGAUGACAUCGUGGACAGAGUUAAAAUGGAAGACACUCUGAAAAGGAGGUUUUUCUAUGAUCAAGCCUUUUCUAUUUAUGGAGGUGUCAGUGGUCUGUACGACUUUGGGCCUGUUGGAUGUGCUUUGAAGAACAACAUAAUCCAGGCAUGGAGACAGCACUUUAUACAGGAAGAACAGAUCCUGGAGAUUGACUGCACCAUGCUCACACCAGAGCCAGUUUUGAAGACUUCUGGCCAUGUAGACAAGUUUGCUGACUUCAUGGUGAAAGAUAUGAAAAAUGGGGAAUGCUUUCGUGCUGAUCAUCUCUUAAAAGCUCACCUGCAGAAACUUAUGUCUGACAAGAAGUGCACAGCAGAGAAAAAAGCAGAAAUGGAAAAUGUUAUAACACAGUUGGACAACUAUGGCCAGCAGGAGCUUGCAGAUCUCUUUGUGAACUACAAUGUGAAGUCACCUAUCACUGGGAAUGACCUUUCCCCUCCUGUUUCUUUCAAUCUGAUGUUCAAGACCUCCAUUGGACCCGGAGGAAACAUGCCUGGCUAUCUGAGGCCAGAAACAGCACAGGGAAUAUUCCUCAAUUUCAAACGUCUUCUCGAAUUCAACCAAGGCAAGCUCCCUUUUGCUGCUGCUCAGAUUGGAAACUCCUUCAGAAAUGAGAUCUCGCCCCGAUCUGGCCUUAUCAGAGUGAGGGAAUUCACCAUGGCAGAAAUUGAGCACUUUGUGGAUCCCAGUGAGAAAAAUCAUCCCAAGUUUCAGAGUGUGGCAGAUCUCAACAUCCUCCUGUAUUCUUCCAAGGCCCAGCUCAGCGGGCAGUCUGCCCAUUUAAUGCGGCUGGGAGAUGCUGUUGAACAGGGCGUGAUCAAUAACUCCGUUCUUGGUUACUUCAUCGGUAGAAUCUACCUCUUCCUUACAAAGGUUGGUGUAUCCCCUGACAAGCUGCGCUUCCGACAGCACAUGGAGAAUGAAAUGGCUCAUUAUGCCUGUGACUGCUGGGAUGCAGAGUCCAAAACAUCGUAUGGUUGGAUUGAGAUUGUUGGCUGCGCUGAUCGUUCCUGCUAUGACCUCUCCUGCCAUGCUCGUGCCACCAAAGUUCCUCUUAUAGCUGAGAAGCUUCUCAAAGAACCUAGAACAGUCAAUGUUGUUCAGUUUGAGGCAAACAAGGGAGCCAUUGGCAAAGCUUACAAGAAGGAUGCCAAGGUGGUGAUGGAAUACCUUUCCAUGUGUGAUGAGUGCUACAUCACUGAGAUGGAGCAGCUGCUGAAUGACAAAGGGGAAUUCACUGUUGAAACUGAAGGGAAAACUUUUACAUUAACAAAGGACAUGGUUACUGUGAAAAGAUUUCAGAAAACAUUACAUGUGGAAGAAAUCAUCCCAAAUGUAAUUGAACCCUCAUUUGGUAUUGGGAGAAUCAUGUACACAGUAUUUGAGCACACAUUUCGCAUUCGGGAAGGAGACGAGCAGAGGACGUUCUUCAGCUUCCCGGCUGUUGUAGCACCAUUCAAGUGCUCCGUUCUUCCUCUCAGCCAGAAUCAGGAAUUCAUGCCUUUUGUCAAGGAAUUAUCUGAAGCACUCACCAGGAAUGGCAUUUCUCACAAGGUGGAUGAUUCCUCCGGGUCCAUCGGCCGACGCUAUGCCAGGACUGAUGAGGUUGGCGUGGCCUUUGGGAUCACAAUUGACUUUGACACCGUAAACCGAACGCCUCACACUGCCACGCUGAGAGACCGGGACUCAAUGCGCCAGAUCCGAGCUGAGGUCUCUGAACUUCCUGCCAUAAUUCGUGACCUGGCGAACGGUUAUCUAACUUGGGCUGACGUGGAGGCCAAGUACCCACAAUUUGAGGGACAAGAGACUGGCAAAAAGGACACAAUAGAGGAAUAAAGGAAAGGGACUGAAAUAAUUCCCCUGUCACAUGUCCACUUUUUACUGUUCAUGUUAAUAUGAAAUAAACUUACCAUGUAUUAUUCCAAGCUGCAUUGUUUGUGCACACAGGGACUAUUUGAUUUUCUUUUUCCUCAACCGCUGCCUGAAUUUAACUUUAAAAAUAACUGCAGUCAAAGUAAAAGGUGUUAUGAAUAAAAGAGGCCGUGAUAUUA